AUGGUUUCCAAGACUGCAGUUUACAACUGGUAUAUCUGCCUGGUGGCAGCCGGGUGCAUGGUGUUGAUGGGAUACGAUGCAUCUGUCUUCAACUCUGUGCAAAAUUCCAACAACUGGAUUAAGUAUUUUGACAAUCCGAAUAGCUAUAUGCUUGGACUCUUGAAUACCGUGUACACCGUGGGUGGUAUCAUCACAGGAUGGUUCUUCGCAGGUCCACUGGCCGAUUGGCUUGGCCGAAGAUGGGGAAUGGGGAUUGGUUGCUUCCUUACGAUUAUUGCAACUUUCAUGCAGUGCUUUGCUCCCCGCCAUGGAAUGGGGACCUUUAUGGCUGGUCGGGUCAUUAUCGGAGCUGGCCAGGCUCUCGCUAUCGCUGCCGGGCCAGUCUAUAUUGGCGAGGUUACGCCCUCAUAUAUUCGAGGUGUCAUUAUGGCAUUCUGGCAAAUGUUCUAUUCCGUUGGCUCUUUUGUUGCCUACUGGGUGAACUAUGCAGCUGGCAAACACAGAGCAAGCCUUGGGGAAUGGGACUGGAAGCUUGUGGUAAUCUUCCAACUCCUACUUCCCGUCAUAAUCUUGCUCCAGCUACCAUUCAUGCCCGAGUCACCCAGAUGGCUUGUCCAGCGCAAGGGAGAUACUGAUGGCGCACGAAAGGUCCUGCAACUAGUUCGGGAGACUGACGAAGAGAUUGAUCAGGAGCUACUGACAAUCCGCGAAGCUAUCCAGUAUGAGAAGGAAACGCUUGACCAGGGUAGAAAGGCGUACUUUACUCUGUUCAAGGAUGCCAGCGUCCGCAAGCGUCUUCUUCUCGUCUUCGUUCUUAACAUUGGGCAGCAACUCAGCGGCCAGGGCACGCUGAAUUCCUAUUCGUCCACUAUUUACAAGAAAAUCUGGACUUCGACGGAUACCAUCAAUCUCAUCAACGCUCUUAAUGCCACAUUUGGCAUUCUUUUCACACUUAACGCCACCUGGACCGUUGAUCGCUUUGGUCGUAGGUUUUUGCUCAUUGUUGGCGCCCUCGGCAUGGGUACUUGCAUGUUUAUUACUGCCAUGGUUGGCCUUGAGACACCAAAUACCCCCCAAGGAGCAAAGACACAGCCCGUUGGUAUUGCCAUCGUGUUCCUCAUGUUCCUUUUCAUCUUUUUCUACAAACCAAGCUGGGGAGCGACUGUCUGGAUUUACACCGCGGAAGUCUUCCCCAUGAAUGUUCGGGCUCAAGCUGUCGGUAUGAGCUCGCAGAUGCAGGGCGUUGCCAAUACCAUCUUCCAGCAGUUUUUCCCUAUAUUUUACAGAAACGAGGGGCUGAAAUCAUUCUUCUUUUUCAUGACCUGCAAUUUCCUCCUCGCGGUAUUCGUGUGGUUCAUGAUUCCAGAAACAAAGAAAGUACCAUUAGAAGAGAUGGACACCCUCUUUGGCGGUACUAGUCAUGUUCAAGGUGGUGCUCUAAUUCUGGAUGUGAAGCACGCAGAUGAAGCAGCCGAACGUGGAGAACGAGUUACGCGAGCUGAACAGUAG